UUGAAGAAGGAGUGACUGACUGAUAAUAACAGAAGUCGUCGGGUGAACCAAUUCAAAGACCCAAAUGCAAGGCGCUGGUUGGCAGCAAUGGCUGGCAUUUCUCAACUGUUCAGAGACCUGUGUGAUGCACACAUGGCAAACAUGUCAUGGAAAGUUCAUCUGGGAAGAAGGCGAUUUAGCAAAAGUCGUUUUAAGCAAAAACUAAAGAGAAUAGCAUAUGAUACUUUGUUUACAAAUCUUUUUCAGGAAGAUGCACAGAAAACAAAAUCUAGGUCUUCUCGAUUGCCAGUGAAAAAUAAGAUUUUGAUGUUGUCAUUUGACAUGCGUAUUGCUGGCCGAGGCAAUGAAGCUGAUCGACUGGAGGAACUUGUUGAGCUGCUAGAAACUUCAGACCGCCUUCCAUUUACAGAAGUGAACUUGGUCUUGGAGCUGCUCGUGGAGCUUGCAGGAAGUGGCCCACCCCAACCAUUGCAGAAAAGAGACUACUUCUUAAAUAAUAAGUAUGUUGGAAGAAAUGUUAAGUACCAGGGUUAUGACUACUAUGAUGUAAGUGUGUUUGAAGAUGGAUUUAUGGCACAAAUUACACAGGAUGAGUGGCACUUCCAGGAUGCCAUCCAGAGAACAGUUCAGAUAAUGGACGCUGCACCAGGGACUGGGUUACCUGCAAUUGGCCUUCUUUCUCAGAGCCAGCUUGUCGGUGAUAAGUUUGAAAAAGAAACUCGAGCUUCACUGUUUGGUGCCCUGGUUCACAGCCGCAGAUGUGAUAUGGAUAUCAGGCUAGACUUUCCUCCUAUUCCAGACAAUGCUGACAUUUCUGGCCUAGUAAUUAAAGUCCCUCAAACUAUUGAUCAAUCUGAAGAUGAAGGGUUCCAGUCUGCAUCCAACCUGACACCCGAUUCUCAAUCUGAGCCUAGUAUGACACCAGAUAUUGACGUUUGGGAGGCAGUUCUAACCUAUGAACCUAAUAAGCGAAGAUGUUGGGAGUUGAUUGGCUGUCCUCCAGGAAGGAAACAGGAGCCUUACCUUACUGAAGGUGGGAGAGAAGCUUUUGACAAAUUCUUGAGAUUUCGAGAAGGGGAGUUGCACAUACUUAAUGGCACCUUAUUUCCUCUUCCUGGCUUGGUGCUGCUUACAGAAUCUGAUCUUGUUAAAGAUGUUUUAAAUGUCCUUAUCGGUGUAGUGUCCACUACCUUCUCACUUGAUCAGUCUCUUCAGACGUUUACUGUGAAGCCAGGGGUCUAUGUUUCUGGAACUUCCUCUGAAAGUAUGAAUAGAUUGCUUUCAGAACUGGCCGAAUAUGGAACGUACUACAUGAGAUUGAGCCGCUUUUCUCUUCAGCCUGUCUUGGACUCAUCCUACAGGAAAGGUCUUGUAUUCCAGGUGUUCACCAGUGGCCUAAGGAAGUACCUGCAGUAUUACCGUGCCUGUGUUCUCUCAUCACCACCGACCCUGAGCCUCCUGUCAAUCAGUUUUCUUUUCAGGAAACUUGGGCGCCAGUUGAGGUAUUUGUCUGAACUGUGUGACAUUGGAGGUGGUCUGUCAGGAAUGAACCAAGGGCCUUCUAAUACAUUCCCAACUGGAGUGAAGUUACUUUCUUACCUGUACAAAGAAGCUCUGAAUAACUGCAGCAAUGAACAUUAUCCUGUUCUACUUUCUUUGCUAAGAAGUAGCUGUGAACCUUAUACAAGGUUUAUUUAUGAGUGGGUCUUCAAUGGUGUCAUCCGUGAUAAUUAUCAAGAAUUUAUGAUUCAGGUGAAUGAAGACUUCCUGAACUUCAGAGAUAAACACUAUUGGACACAUGGUUACAUCCUAAUUUCAAAAGAAGCUGAAGAUUGUGUCCCCGUGUUUCUUAAGCAUAUUGCCAAUGAAAUAUAUAUUUGUGGAAAAACAGUUAAUUUGUUAAAGUUGUGCUGUCCCCGGCAUUACAUUUGUUGGUCUGAUGUUCCUGCACCUUGUAUCUCUGUUUCCUUCUCCCUGGAAGAGUUACAAGAAAUAGAAAAGGACACGGCUGUGUAUGUUAACAGAAUGGAAAGAAUUGCUCGAUACAGCUCUAUUAGCAGGGAAGAGAAGGAUUUACGUACAGAAAUUGCACGACAGGAAUUGAUUAUACAGGCUCGGGAAACUGCUGCUAAAGCGCUGGAAGCUAUAAAAGGUAAACAGCUGUCUGAAAGGAAGGCUUUGGAUGCAAAGAAACACGAGGCAUUUCUGGAAUUAAAACUGCAAUUUGAAAAGGAUCAAGAGCGCAGAACUACAGCAAAACAGCAAGAGGCAGAUGAUAGCUUCAGUUAUGCGAGAGAAAUACGUGAGAGAGAAGAGCGUUUGAAAGCUCUGGAGGAGGAACUUGAAAGAAGAGCACGGAGAGAACUUAUUGAACAUUAUAGCAAACUCUCGGAAGAAGCAGCUCGCAAGGAGCAGAAGGCCUUGUGGAAAAUUCAGAGGCACAGGCUGGAGACAGCCCGCAACGCUUUCCUGUUAAACGAUGAAAAAGCAAUUCAGGAAUUGCUUCAGAGAUUUCCAUUAGGAGAACAUCGAAAAAAAUUGGAUGUUCUUCCUCAAUCAGAGGAUCUUCAGAAACAGUUACAAACAUACACAAAGGAACAUGGGUCUAGCCUUCAGUCACUGUCUAGAGAAGAGCAAACUUUUGUCAUGAGGAAGGAAGCUAUCCUGGAUGAGUCAUUGCAGUUAAUAUAUUUUGACAUUAGCAAAGAAAUGCCCAAGAGCUCUGAACAAAGCAACGCAGUGGCCAAGGAGUUUGAACACAACCUCCCAACUACAGAACAGAGUGCAGUAUCUACACUAGAUGAGUCAUUAAAUCUGCUGCACUUCGAAAAAAGCCCGAUUCAGAGGGACUCUGAAUCAGGUACAGAAUCUCCGUUGAUAAGGACAGUGGAAUCUCAGCAGGUACCCAGCAGUAGCAGCGCACCGCCUCACACAGCCGUAUCUUUACUUGAUCUAGAUAUUGCUGAUUUUCUACCCAAAAUGCCACACACUGAAACAUCUAAAAGUAGUGAACGUACGUCUGUAGUAGAAGCAGCUUUGUUAGAAAUUGGUUCAGACUUGAUUGAGAGUUCACAAACAAAAGAAAAACAGCUCCCCCCAUUGGGGAGUCAUGAUUAUGAUUUUAAUACUGUUCUCAGACCAGUUACUCGUCCCCAUGUAUCACAAGGCCAUAUUCAGGUUGGUGAAAAUAUUUCACACGUGGAGUCUCGAAGGCCUCAUUGGAACGUUCAUGGACAUCCUUCUGCUUCUAGCAUUAAAGUAGGUGAUUAUGCAUCAGAUGUUGAGGCAUUCCACCCAGUAUCAAAUAUUCAUGGGCAUUCAUCUGACUCGCAUAUUAAAGCUGGAGAAUAUGUUUCUGAUGUCAUGCCAAGUGUUCCUCGAUGGAAUGUUCAUGGACAUGUAUCCAGUGCUCACAUCAAAGUUGGUGAGUAUGCCUCAGAUGUUGUGCCUGCAAGACCAAGGUGGAAUAUCCAUGGACAUGCAUCACAGGCUAACAUUAAGAUUGGUGAGUAUGUAUCUGAAUCUAAGACAACAAGACCUAGAUGGAAUAUACAUGGCCAUGCAUCACAGUCUCAUAUCAAAAUCGGUGAGUACACCGCAAAUGAAAAAUCAUCUAGACCCAGAUGGAACAUUCAUGGUCAUGCCUCACAGUCUCAUAUUAAAAUUGGAGAGAUGGUUUCAGAUGCACAGAUUUCAGCUCCUGUUAGGAAUCCUUUUGGCCAUGGUUUCCUGGAGCAGAUACCUAACGUGGAAUGUGAUGAAGUGUCUCAGCAGGUAUUUAGUUAUGGACAUCCGUCUGACUCUACAGUUCAGCAAUUGUUGUAUGGUGCAGGAGAGGUUUCACACCCUAAAGCUGAAGAUGGUACUAAAUUAACUUUUACACCAGAAGAAAACCUGAAAACAGGCCUUUUAAUUGAAUGUACUUCACCCUUGGCUGCAUCAGAAAAUAAAAAGGAAACAGAGGAGAAAUACAAGACAGAAGUACAAGAUGCUUUGUCUACAGACUUGGUUAACAUUAAACUACCAGAUUCAAAUAAUGAGCCAAGUGGCUGUCACAGAAGUGAGACUUCACAGACUCCACAUGCUGUAGAGAAUGCCAUAGGUUUUAAAGGAAAUAAAAUGGAGCCUGAGACAGGACUUGAUCCAUCAGUAUACAAAGAAGAAAAAGAAAGUGAAACGCAUACAUUCAUGAAGCAAGAAGAAGGGGAUUAUCUUGAGUCUUUGUCAAGCCGGUAUUGUCUUGAGAAGUACCAGGACAACUAUGUCUUAAUGUCAGAACCUCCCGGCUCACAUCUAUUAAACUGCAUUACACACAGACCUUUUUCCUUGCCAGUGGAUCCUUGCAUACGUAAAGCAACUGACCAAACUGCUGUACAGUUAAGUGAACGAGUCUCUCUUCCAGUGCUGAUGAAGCAUUCCAUUACAGCGCCUUUAAUAGCCCAUGUACGUCUUGUGAACAAAGCUGUGGUGGAUUACUGUUUUGUUGAACUGAAUAUUGAAAAGCACUUCAGCGCAUUGAGACAUUUCCUGCUGAUGGAGGAUGGAGAAUUUGCUCAGUCCGUUAGUGAUUUACUGUUUGAAAAGCUGGGAUCCGGACAAACACCAGGAGAACUUCUUACACCAUUGGUUCUUAAUUCUAUCCUGAAUAAAGCCUUGCAGUACAGCCUUCACGGUGAUUCCAAACUAGCUUCCAAUCUGUCUUUUGCUCUGAAAUAUAUACCAGAGAUGUUCCAGCCUAAUGCCCCUGAUGUCUUGAACUGUCUAGAGCUGAGAUACAAGGUUGAUUGGCCACUCAACAUUGUGAUUACAGAGAGCUGCAUGAACAAGUACAACAAAAUCUUCUCUUUUCUGCUACAGUUGAAGCACAUGGUCUGGACAUUAAAAGAUGUCUGGUUUCAUUUAAAACGUACAGCACUGGUAAACGGUGCUUCAUCUUCAGUCCAAUUCCGACAACUGCAACUUUUCAAACAUGAGAUGCAGCAUUUUGUGAAAGUAAUUCAAGGGUACAUUGCUAACCAGAUCCUGCAUGUUACGUGGUGUGAAUUUGGAAAGGAGCUGUCUUCAGUUGGAAACCUUGAUGAAAUUCACAGAAUACACGCCGAGUACCUCAACAAAGCAGUUUUUAGAGGCUUGUUGACUGAAAAAGCAGCACCAGUGAUGAACGUCAUUCACAGUAUCUUCAGCCUGAUUCUAAAGUUUCGUAAUCAGCUUAUCAUGCAGGCGUGGACCUACGAUUCUGAAAAGCACAUGGCCGUUCAUCCGAACUUUAACCUGAUGCAGCAGUCCUACAACACCUUUAAAUUCUACUCUCAGUUUUUAUUUAAAGUGGUAACCAACCUUGUAAACAGAGGAUACCAGCCUCACCUGGAGGAUUUUCUGCUGAGAAUUAAUUUCAAUAAUUACUACAAAGACAGUUGAGUUUAAGCUGUCUUAAAAGGGAAUGAGUUGCCUUCUGGUAAAGACAUUCUACCUGCAACUAAAUAACAACCAUCUUCAAGAACUAUGUUGUAGAUAUGUGAAUUAAAAACAAAGUUUUAAUGGAACAUUAUAUUUUUGUUGUCAUAGCAAGGAAAUGUCAUUAGUGAGUUGCUCACAUACGACAUUAUGUACAGAAAUCUGUGUUCACGGAGUACUUAUUAAAUUAAUAAUGUUGGGUGCACAUUUGCUAUUAAAAUAAAUGUAUUGAUGGUGCAUGUU